AUGGCGUCCUCCGCGUCUCCAACUCCAACGGCGCAGUCAACAUCAGCGUCCACAUUGUCCACGGCCACUGCUCAGAUCAUCACUGACCUGCAUGCAAAAGAGGGUCCCUUGAGAUCUCCUCGUAAAAGGGUCUCGGCCACAGUCCCCAGGGACGUCGAUAGUGCUGUCUCGCAGUUCCCUCCUCGUCCCCUAUCAUGUACAGAUAACUCCGAGCCGACCAAUGCGAGGCCAACUUCCCUCACUUUCAACUACGACGUGUUCAACGCCUCCCCUCGGCGGCGACCUCCGGCGGCAAUCAUGGGCCAGAGGAUUAGCGAGAGUUUGGCAGAGGAGAGACAAGGCUUAAUGAAAGAAGAGGAAUCAUCAUCCGCGGGGCCUUACCCAAGACCAUCCCAGGAGAGUGUCACGAGUGCUUCCACAACAUCCCUAGUUCUCGAGAAUUUGAACUCGGGGUAUUCGGCAAAAGAGCCCCCGAAACCCUCACGCUACCGCGACGGUGAUAGCGAUCCUGAGUUACCCGCGUUCAAGGACCAAAUUUACACCAUUCGUGGACAGCGCAUGUCAAAAGGCCUUCGGCGGACCAUAUGGACCAUUUCCAUUGUAGGAGUUGUUGGCUGGGCCUUGGCUCUAGUUGUUUUUCUGGCCGGUGGACGUUAUAAACAUGCUUCUACGUUAGAUUACGACCAUGAUACACCUAUAAAAAGCGCCGGGAAGAAAGUCACGCUCGAGCAAAUUCAAGCAGGACUGUGGCAGCCAAAACAUGCCUCGAUCGAAUGGAUUGCUGGUCCCAAUGGCGAGGACGGUCUAUUGUUGGAAAUAAAUCAGCCUGGAAAGGACUACCUGAUGGUAGAAGACAUUCGGAACCGUGCCUCGUCGCUGAACGCUUUCGAAAGCAGAACAUUGGUGAAAAGUGGUUGGUUCAAUGCCAAUGGACAACGGCUGUUGACGGAUGACUUUUGGGUCAGCCCGGAUAUGAAGCAUGUCCUCCUGCUAUCGAAGAGAGAAAAGGUCUUUCGACAUUCGUUCGUCGGACUCUAUUUUAUUUUGGAUGUUGAGACGCAAAACGUUCAGCCCUUGGACCCCGCAUUUCCAGACUCGAGGAUACAACUGGCUCAAUGGUCACCAAAAAGUGACUCGGUGGUAUUUACCAGGGAUAAUAAUCUCUAUUUGAGAUCUCUGGAUUCGCCCCAAGUCAUCACAAUCACCGAAGACGGCGGCCCGGAAUAUUUCUACGGCAUUCCCGACUGGGCUUACGAGGAAGAAGUCUUGGGCACCAAUUCUGCCGCAUGGUGGGCAAGGGAUGGCCGAUAUAUCGCGUUUCUCCGCACGAAUGAAACCAUGGUUCCUGAAUACCCUGUCCAAUAUUUCCUUUCGAGACCAAGUGGAAAGAAGCCGAUCGAAGGUCUCGAGAACUACCCGGAAGUAAAACAGAUCAAGUACCCCAAAGCCGGAGCUCCCAAUCCGGUGGUGGAUAUGCUGUUCUACGAUAUUUCCAAGAAACAAGUUUUCACCGUCGAUAUUGCUGGUGGGUUCCCAGACGAUGACCGAAUCAUCUUCAACAUCGUGUGGGCGGACAACGGCAAAGCCUUGGUGUCGGAAUCAAACCGAGAAAGUGACCGCGUCCGUGUGGUUCUAGUAGAUGUUAUCACCCAGACAGGUCAAACCGUCAGAACCGUCGAUCUCAAUGAUGUGGAUGGAGGAUGGAUAGAGCCGACCCAACAAACAAAGUACAUCCCCGCUGACCCUCGAAAUGAUCGGCCAAUUGAUGGCUAUGUCGACACAAUCAUAUCUGACAACCGCAACCAUUUGGCUUACUUCUCUCCGCUAAACAGCUCAAUCCCUAUCAUGCUUACAAAGGGAGACUGGGAGGUAGACGGUGGAGCUGCGGCAGUUGAUCCUGUGAGCAAUUUGGUCUAUUUUAUCGCAGCCAAAGAAGCGCCGACUCAACGGCAUUUAUACAGCGUGAAGCUCGACGGAACCGAUAUGCAAUCCCUCGUUCCCACCGAUGAAGCAGCAUACUGGGAUUCCUCGUUCUCUUCUGGAGGUAGCUUUGUUAGUCUGACAUACAACGGUCCUGGAAUUCCCUAUCAGAAAGUCGUCUCUACACCAGCCAAUCCCGAGAAGAUUGAACAAGUUGUGGAAGACAAUAAAGCUUUGGCCCAAAUGGCCUCAUCACACGAACUUCCACACCAAAUCUUUCAAAACGUCACCAUCGACGGAUACACAUUACAAGUUGUAGAACGACGCCCUCCGCAUUUUGAUGCGAAGAAGAAAUAUCCCGUGCUCUUCUACCUGUACGGCGGCCCCGGUUCUCAAAUGGUUAACCGACGCUUCCAAGUGGAUUUCCAAGCCUACAUCACGAGCUCACUAGGCUACAUAGUAGUAACUGUCGAUGGGCGUGGGACAGGGUUCAUCGGUCGCAAAGCGCGAACGAUCGUUCGCAACCGACUUGGCAAGUACGAGGCGCACGACCAAAUCACGACGGCGAAAAUCUGGGCGGAGAAACCGUACGUCGACGCAUCGCGCAUCGCCAUCUGGGGUUGGUCAUACGGCGGCUUCAUGACGCUCAAAGUCCUCGAGACCGACGCAGGCGAGACGUUCAAGUACGGCAUGUCCGUGGCCCCCGUGACGGACUGGCGGUUUUAUGACUCCAUCUACACGGAACGCUAUAUGCGCAUGCCACAGCACAAUCCACAAGGAUACUCCAACACGGCCAUCACCAACGUGACAGCGAUCGCGCAGAAUGUUCGUUUCCUCAUCAUGCAUGGCGUCGCGGAUGACAAUGUUCACAUGCAGAACACGCUGACUUUGCUCGACAAGUUUGACCUUGCGGGUAUCGAGAACUACGAUGUCCAUUUCUUCCCUGAUAGCGAUCACAGUAUCCUCUUCCACAACGCUAAUCAUAUCGUGUAUGAUAAGUUGGCGAAGUGGCUUGUCAACGCAUUUAAUGGCGAGUGGUACCGCACAGAGGAUCCGAAGCCUAUAGACGAUGCGGAGAGGAAGAGUAAGUGA